AUGCCCACCAAGACCCGUCCGAUUGAGAGGUUUGCCACCGCUGUAGGGAAGUGUUCGGUGGAGGGCGCCGCAUAUGGCAAAUGCAUCGUUGCGGACUACAACAACGUCACAAAAGACAAGUGUCUCACUGAGUUCAUGAAACUCAAAGAUUGCUAUUUAGUAACUUAA